AUGUGGUACAAGCAGAGACUGGAGCAUUCUCCACUGGAAGUGGUUUUUAAGUUAGGAAUCAGGGAUGCAGUACUAUCAUCCCAGUUUAACCAGUCAAGAUUUAAAGUGCAGAAAGAUACGACAGGCUUUUCUCUCACUAUUGAAAAUGUUGUUAAAGAAGAUGAGGGGAUGUACUUCUGUGGAACCGAUCAUUCCAACAUCUCAGUUCUCCAGACUCCAGCACUGCAGUCGGUUCCUCCAGGAGAAGCAGUGAAUCUUCAGUGUACGGUUCUCUCUGAGAUCAGAUCAGCAGAACUGAGAGUGUUCUGGAUCAGAUCUGCUGCAGGAUCAUCCUUUCCUGAAAUCAUCUUCACUCAUCACAACAGCAGCAGCAGCAGCAGCAGCAGCAGCAGCCGUCAGUGUGAGAUCAGCUCUUCUAAACACAGCAGUGUGUACAACUUCUCCCCCAACAUCCCCAACAACCACCAUGCUGCAACUUACUACUGCGCUGUGGAGACCUGUGGGAGGAUCAUUAUCGGGAACGGGACAACAAUAUGCUCAAAACCCUCUGAUCAUUCUGUUCUGGUUGUGAUCCUCAGUCUGGCUCUGGGUUUGAGUUUAUUCUGGAACAUCACUCUGACCUUCUGGAGCUGGAAGAGAGGGAUCUGCAGUGGUUCUGCUCAAGCUGUGGAAGAUCUAAAAAGAGAGUUUAUAUCAGCUCAGUCUGAUAAACCUGUUACUCUUGACUGUAAACUUGAACAUCAGACUGUUAAGGAGAAUCAGUUUUGGUACAAACUAAUAUCGGGACAGGUGCCGCAGGAAGUGGCAUCAAAACUGAAAGAUAAAGUCAUAGGCAAUCUUUCACCUGGGUUUGAAAAAUUAGGAUUCAAAUUACACGACAAUUUUUCUUUAACUAUUGAACAACCUAAUAAAGCUCAUGAAGGAAUGUACUUCUGUGGACAAGAUGGAAACACCAAUAAGUUUUCUAAAGGAACAUUUGUAGCUGUAAAAGAUCAUUCACAGUCAGAAAUCUCAGUGCUGCAGAGUCCAGCGUUCCAGACCCUUUCUCCAGGAGAAGCAGUGAAUCUUCAGUGCACGGUCCAGCCUAACAACCAACCAGCAGAUCAGCAAGUGUUCUGGUUCAGAUCUUCUGCAGGACGAUCUUUUCCUGAAAUCAUCUUCACUCAUCACAGCAGCAGCAGCAGCAGCAGCAGCAAUCGUCAGUGUGAGAUCAGCUCUUCUAAAGACGGCUGUGUGUUCAACUUCACCAAGAACAUCUUCAACACUACUGAUACUGGAACUUACUACUGCGCUGUGGCGAGCUGUGGGAGGAUCAUUAUUGGAGAUGGAACUCCAGUAGACUUCAAGAAGCCUGUGGAUCCUGUUGUGAUCUUUCUGGGAGCAGCGCUGGGACUGUGUGUGGUGGUGAUCUCAGCUCUACUCUGUAAAAGAAGAAACUGUGAACACUGCAGAUUACGACAUCAGCUUGAUUUACUGGUGGAAAACUCAGCCAAUCAGGAACCUGAUGAUAAAGACGAGGAAUUCUUCUUCACUGCCUUCAGUCCAAAUACUCUUUUCACCAGAGUCAGAUUCAACCCCUUUUCUCCCCACAAACCAACUCACAGCAGCAGCAGCAGCAGCAAUCGUCAGUGUGAGAUCAGCUCUUCUAAAGACGGCUGUGUGUUCAACUUCACCAAGAACAUCUUCAACACCACUGAUACUGGAACUUACUACUGCGCUGUGGCGAGCUGUGGGAAGAUCAUUAUUGGAGAUGGAACUCCAGUAGACUUCAGUAAAAAUCAGCAAAGUACAGUGGAAGAGAAACCAGCCAAUCAGACCCAUGAUGCCGCUGGGAUGAAUUACGCUUCAGUUCAGUUCAAAGAGAAGAAGCCCAGAAACAGCAGAGAGAAGAAAGAACAUCCUGAGGACAUCAUCUACUCUCAAGUGAGAAGCUCCACCGCUGCUCAGCGAUCACAUCGGUAG